AUGGGAAUUGAUAUUAUAUGGCUUUUACCGAUUCAUCCGAUUGGUAUAACUAAUCGCAAAGGCUCACUUGGUUCACCGUAUUCAAUAAAAGAUUUUCGUGCUAUCAAUCCAGAAUAUGGUACAAUGAAUGACUUCCAUCGUUUAGUUUCAGAAAUUCAUCGACUAGGUAUGAAACUCAUGAUAGACAUCGUCUAUCGACAUACUAGCCAUGAUUGUUCAUGGGUAAAAGAACAUCCAGAAUGGUAUAUAAGAGAUGAAAAGGACAAUGCCAUUUGUCUAAUUCCUCAAUGGACGGAUAUUUUGGAUUUGAAGUUCGAAGGAAACGAAACGACAUUAUGGCCUGAACUAAUUGAUAUACUCAAGUUUUGGUGUGAACAUGGUGUUGAUGGAUUUCGCAUGGAUGUUGCUUCUUGUGUUCCCAUGGAAUUCUGGCGACAAGCUAGACGUUCCGUGACCGAAGCAAAUCCUCGUUGUAUUUGGUUGGCUGAAUCCAGUUGGUUUAGUGCUAUGAAAAGUUAUCGUGAUCAAAACGGGUUAGUCCAUACAGAUGCAGAACUUUAUGAAACAUUUGAUGUAUGUUAUGACUAUGAUCUGUAUGUGGCGUGGCGCGCUGCAGUGCAAGAGGCCAUUCCGAUCAAAUCCUAUCUCGAACUUGUUCGUCUUCAAACAUUCAUUUAUCCAAAAGACUUUAUCAAAAUGAGAUUUGUUGAAAACCAUGAUCAAGAUCGAAUUGCGCACAUCUGUCGAGACAAUCCAUGGAAAGCACUGGCAUGGACAGGUCACUUGAGAUUUAUCAAAUAUUGA